AUGGUACUCUACACGGUGCCGGAGGAUACAUUAUAUGGAACUGUAGAAAGGAUCAAUGAGAUAUUUGUAGAGGCCGAGAAAGUGAACUUCGACACGGUUUUCGACGCUUUAAUGGGCUUCCUGACUUUCUAUCUGUGGUUUCGACUUAAAGAGUCUACAUAUGGCAAGCAAUUGCGGAUAUUAGACGAGUUCAUAGCCCAGGAGAACCACAGGAAGUAUCGUCCGCUAGGCCUCGAACUAACGAAUCCUCUCGAUACCGGGCUGCGAUACAUCUUAAUCAGGUCUCUGUGAUGCAUCUGGUGCCAUCACUCUAUAGUAUAGUAUAGUAUGGUUCAAUGUGUAGAGUAUCGCUGAGUACGUAAAUAGUAGCGGGGAGUUAAUUGCAUAGCUGUGCCGAGAGUGUUGCAACAUAGUACAACCCUAGGGAACUACUCCGUGCCCUGCGGCAGUUUAGGAUGCAAUUGUAUUGUAUACUUGUAUCUGGAUAGCCUGCUGCGUGCGGACACGUCGUCAGUCAUAGAUACAUCCGAGCAUGUAUAAUAGGAAUCAUAUCUGAGAACACGAACAGAAUUAUGUACACAUGCACGUGUUGCAUCACGUACGGAAGCACACCGGAGGUACUACCGAAAUUGUCAAGCAUGUUCCAUGGUCCGCACACUCUACAGUGUCCUUACUGGUAUGACUAAGCCUGAGAUUACCUAUAACCUCACUAGUAAUGUGCAAGCCCAUCGUCCCCGUCUCUAUCACAUGUAGAUAUAGAUACGGGGUCAGGGCAUAUGUAAGCGGACUAGAACAAACACGUGCGCACAAUGAAUCAUCGAGAGAGUGACGCUGCAAAACCUUCCUAUCUGAACCGAUAGGGUUAAGUGAAACGAGCGUCUCACUAGCUGCUGUGAAAUAUGUGGCUGCAUUAUUGGCCGUAAGAACAUAUCAGUAUUCGUGGCUAUGGCCAACCAUCAUGUACUGAUUUGUGAUCGGGUGGUACAGCCUGUAUCGUUCGGGCAUGUACCUCCGACAACCGAAGAUCGGAUAGAGCUGAUAAGAGGCUGGUAUCGUAUUUGCCCCAUAUCUCUUAAAAUCUGACUGUUGGCUUUGAACCACAGCUAGCAGAAACCAGAAAUCUGUGAGCUAGAUAGAAGAUUUCCGUAAGGGAUGCCAUUCUCAAGAGAUGACGUUGAGAAAUAGUGCUCAGCUAUUCUGUUUCAAUAAACAAUUUAGACGGAGAGUACAGCGGAAUCGUCAGACAGUGCCAUAGUUUCAGUCUUGUGCGACUAGAU